CUUCGCAAAAAAUGCAAAAACCAAACUUUUGACCCAAAAAAUAAAAAUAAAAAAAACCAAAAACUUGUUCGCGGGACGCCGACUUGCUUCCUUCGGUGUCUCCGCCACCAGUUCCCUCUCCUUCUCUUCUUUGGUCCCUUUCUCUCCGCCCAAAUUCCUAACAUCUCCCAGCGCAAAACGCCGUCGUUUCUACAAUGGCGGCGAUUUCGAAUCUUGCCGGUUGUAGUCACGGCGGCAGCUCAGUCAAUUUUGGAGAGAGGAGGUUAAUGUUUCGACCAACUCCCGCAUUGAAGACUCGGAUUUCUUGGCCCUCCAAGAAUCCGUUAGAUGUUGGUCACUUGGGAAAGGGACAUAAGAAUUCUGGUGUUCGUAUGGCAUUAGUUGAUGAGAAGCUGGCUAGAAGCGGAGAUUUGCCCAAGCCUUCUGACAUCCUGGCAUUUGAUCUUGUUCAAGGAGCACUUGUAAAAUGGAGUUCGGUUACGGACAGGUCAUUACCUGAGCCUCCAACAGCUGUUUUUCUGCAUGGUAUUCUAGGGUGUAGGAAGAACUGGGGAACCUUUACGAGGAGAUUGGCACAAGAAUUUCCGACAUGGCAGUUUCUGUUAGUGGACCUGCGGUGUCAUGGUGAUUCAGCAUCAAUUAAGAAAAGGGGACCCCAUACUGUUUCUUCCACUGCUCUUGAUGUCUUAAAACUAGUUCGACAGCUUAGAUUAACACCUCGGGUUCUAGUUGGCCACAGUUUUGGAGGGAAAGUUGCCUUGAGCAUGGCAGAGCAAGCUGCAAAGCCUCUUGCGCGACCAGUCAGGGUUUGGGUUCUAGAUGCUACACCUGGAAAAGUUCGUCCUGGUGGGGAUGGGGAAGACCAUCCAGAAGAAUUGAUUUCUGUCCUAAGCACAUUGCCACAAGAGAUUUCCUCAAAGCGGGAUGUUGUGGAUGUUCUAGUCCGAAAAGGGUUCUCCAAAGAUGUGGCACAGUGGGUGGUUACUAAUCUUCGACCAACUGGUCCUCUUGGUUCAUCACAAUCAACCUUCUCAUGGGUGUUUGAUCUCAAGGGAAUUUCUGAAAUGUAUAGAUCUUAUGAAGAGACAAAUUUAUGGAAAAUUGUUGAAGAUGUGCCUCGAGGUGUCCAUGUGAACUUUUUGAAAGCAGAAAGGAGCUUGCACAGAUGGGCUCUAGAAGAUCUCCAGAGGAUUCAUGCUGCUGAGGAGCUUGCUGCUGAAGAGGCAGCUGGAGUUGAAAUGCAUGUCCUUGAGGAUGCAGGCCACUGGGUCCAUGCAGAUAAUCCAGAUGGGCUCUUUAAGAUUCUUUCCUCUUCUUUCCAGUGAGUCAAAACUUGAGGCAGCUUUAGCAUGGUCUUACUUGAUCAGCUCAGACAUAGCAGCAUUCUACUGACGGAUCACUACACAUCGUUUCCAUAUUUAGUCGUUCAAAGAAAACUGUGUCUCCAUUAAAUGAUUGUAUACAUCUGUUUGUUUCACAUUGAUUCUUGUAUGUCAUCGCUCCGCUUUUCUUUUUCUUCCUACCUGGUCCUCCGUCCCCUGUUGUCGCCGUUCACAAUCAGUAGUGGGAGGAGGGUUUAUGUAAUUUCAAGUUCUUUGGAUUGGCUAAAUGUAAGUAUGUAUCUAAAACCGGUAACUCUUGACUUGAGUAUAAAUCAUUACAGAAGACUAGUAUUUUUUA